AUGUCUCAAGAAAACACCACGACAGAAGCAAACUCCAAUGGCGUAUCCAUGGCCAACUUUGCCUUUGACGAGUCACUCGUCGAAUGGACGGUCCCAGCAGCCGACUGGCUCAGGAUCCACGGCAAGCACUUUGACGGCAUCGGCACAUCAGCCUUUGUCUUUGACGCGCAGAACCGCGUCCUGCUCGUGCAGCGCGCCGCGCACGACAGCAUGCCGAAUCUGUGGGAGGCACCUGGCGGGGCGGUGGACGCGGAGGAUGCGUCCGUUUUGCAUGGAUGCGCGAGGGAAGUGAGGGAGGAGGCUGGGCUGGUGGCGAGGCGGAUGAAGAGGCUUGUUACGGAAGGCGAGAGAGAGAUGGGAGAGAAGUGGUCUGUGUUUACGAAUAGGAGCGGGACGAAGAUUAUUUGCGGGGUUGGGUUUGAGGUUGAGGUUGAGGAUGGGGAGGUUGUGCUGGAUGAUAAUGAGCAUCAGGGGUUGAGGAGGGAGGCUGGGGAGAGUGUAUGA